CUUCCUCAUUAGGAAAAGCGGCCACUUCCCGAUGCGGUAGUUCCGCUCAACGCACGGCUGCAGUAUUUGGCUGCGGCGGUCUCCUCCCGUCGAGAUUUAUUCUUGCUUCGCAAGAUCACGAUUCAGUAGUGCAAGACAGUCCACUGGACAUCUAUACUCGCCUCACCCGAUACCCUACGUGCUAAGCAUGUCAGCGUUUACUCUCGCUGGAGCAAUUCACUUCUUGUCCGACGAGACGCAACGGCAGACACGAGUCGCCCACACACCCUCCAGAUCCCCAACCAACGAUGAGCUCGACGCCAUCGAGCUGCCCGACUAUGGCCUCGUCAAACCGCUUUCACGACCAGAGAAAACUGCGACAGCAACCGUGUCGAAUUGGACGGAAAGUCAGAAUGACGGAGCAGCCACGCCAAAACCUUUGAGCGACCUGGAACAGAGUCGACCGCCAACACCAACGCAGGAAGGUUGCACAGGCGUCGUUCCGAGUUGGUGGUACCCGAAAAUGAACAAAUGGAGACACCUAUCCGCGUGCUUGCAGUACUUUGGCGACGGCCUGAACGAUGCAGCCCCCGGAGCUCUCAUUCCAUACAUCGAGUCCGACUAUCACAUCGGCUAUGCGGUCGUGUCUCUGAUCUGGAUCUCGAACGCCGUGGGAUUCGUGACGGCGGCCUUUUUCGCCGAAUACCUCGAUACCAAACUCAAGCGAGCCCGCUGUUUGAUGCUGUCUGAAGUGUUCUUGAUCGCAGCAUAUGUGGUCAUUGCUUGUCCAGUACCAUUUCCCGUUGUCGUCAUCGCCUACGGCUUCCUUGGGUUUGGCGAAGCUCUGAAUAUAGCGUUGAACAAUGUCUUUUGCGCCAACCUGGCCAACUCCACGGUAGUGCUCGGCGCUGCCCAUGGAUCAUACGGCAUCGGAGGAACGCUGGCGCCCAUCAUCGCCACUGCACUGGUGUCUCAUGGAGUGAACUGGCAUCUCUUUUACAUAAUCCCACUAGCCGUCCGCAUUUGCUGCUUGCUUGCGACGGGAUGGGCCUUUUGGAAUUACGAAAGUGAAGAUGUGGAUCAUUUCGGCAACAGUCUUGUAGAGGUCGUCAGUCGACAGGGUGGCGAUGGAGCUCGACGAUCGAGCAAAGGCAGAUCGGGGAUCGCGCGAGCCCUCAAGAACCGGACAACAUUGGUUGGAGCCUUGUUCGUUUUCGCCUACCAAGGGAUCGAAGUUUCCGAAUCAGGAUGGUUCAUCUCAUACCUGAUUGCUUAUCGCCACGGGAAUCCGAAGAACGUCGGCUACGUCACGAGUGGCUUCUGGGCGGGAAUCACCGUGGGCCGCUUCGUCCUAACGCACGCAGCCAGAUGGGUCGGAGAGAAGCGGUUUGUCUUUGGGCUCGGCGUCGGCGUGGUCGUCUUCCAGAUCUUGGCUUGGCAGAUCCCGAAUGUCAUCGGCGACUCCGUCGCCGUCUCCAUCAUCGGUCUGCUGCUGGGACCCGUCUACCCAUGCGCUCAGACUAUCUUCACACAACUUCUCCCCGGAAGCGUGCAGGUCUCCGCAAUCGGAUUUAUCAGCAGCGCUGGAUCCAGCGGAGGCGCCGUGGUGCCGUUUGUCACGGGUACACUGGCACAGGCGGUGGGGACCUUCGUUCUCCAUCCCGUCUGUAUUGCAUUCUGCGUCGUCAUGUUGGGCUGCUGGGUAGGCCUUCCGAGACAGAUCAAAAGGACAGAGUAGCAAAUAUAGCCAUCGCUGCGGUCAAACGAAAGGCGAGGUGAGAUGACAUUGUGCCGUCAAUUUAAGUUUAAGCUUUUGCACUAGCGCGGUUAGCGCGUUUUGCGCGUUCUGGUCCAUCCCCAAAUUUUUCUGUCGACACUCAGA